CUGAAAGCCGGUCAAAGAAGAAGAACAACAAAGCAAGCAAGCACAAAUUUUCAGUGUUAAAACAUCUGUUUCCUCAGGGUUCGGAUUUGUUCUGAUUUAGAAAAUGUAACCGGGACCAGGUGACAAUUUGCCGUCCGAAGACAUGUAGAAAGCAGCAGCCUAUCAGGGAAAAAUAAACCCCUGUCUCUGUUCUCAUACGUGUUUUGUAGGUGAAAUUGGGAGCUAGGUUAGCUCUGAGGUUAGCUUCUCUCUCAAGUGUCUCGUUAAGGGUUGACAGAGAUUAUAAAACGUCCAAAAUAACCCAACACUUCUUCCUCAGCUUUACGCCUUAACUGUUAGAGAUGGGAAGCCUGGGCAGCAGGUUCCAGUCCUCCUCUCAGGGACCAGAGGAAGCAGGGGAGGGUACUAGCAGCAGCCGAAGACAUGGCUGUGAGUGUAAGAAGAGAAAGCGGAACGCUCAGUGCGACUGUGACAGUGAAAAAGAGGAAGAUGAUGACAUACUUGAUACACCUCGCAGGAAGAAGUUAAAAAGCACAUCGAAGUACAUCUAUCAGACCUUGUUUCUAAAUGGAGAAAACAGUGAUAUUCGUAUUUGUGCUCUGGGGCAGGAGUGGAACCUCCACAAAGUCUACCUUUGUCAGUCUGGAUAUUUCUCCAGCAUGUUCAGCGGAUCUUGGAAGGAGUCCAGCAUGAUGGAAAUCAACUUGGAGAUCCCCGACCAGAACAUUGAUGCUGAAGCUCUGCAAGUCGUAUUUGGAUCUCUGUAUCGUGACGAUGUUCUGAUCAAGCCCAGCCGGGUGAUCAGUAUACUCGCUGCUGCAUGCAUGCUACAGCUGGAUGGCUUGAUCCAGCAAUGUGGUGAAACCAUGAAGGAGAACAUCAGCGCCAAGACUGUGUGUGGCUACUACGCCUGUGCGAGCAUCUAUGGCCUGGACUCAGUCAUGAAGAAGUGUCUUGAAUGGCUUCUGAACAAUUUGAUGACCCAUCAAAAUGUUGACUUGAUGAAAGAACUUGGGGCUGAUGUAAUGGAGCUGCUCAUCCAGUCCUCAGAUCUAUUUGUCAUGCAGGUGGAGAUGGAUGUAUACACUGCUCUGAAGAAGUGGAUGUUUUUGCAGCUCAAUCCUUCAUGGGACGGCCCGAUCAAGCAGCUUCUGGCUGAUGCUGACGCCUGGCUUUGCAAACGCAGGACAGACCUGUGUGAAAAGGAGCCAUUCUUAAACACAGAGGAGGGGACACCAUUUCGCUCAGUCUUCAGGCUUGUGCGUCUCCAGUACAUCAUCAACGAUCUCGCAUCUGCUCGCAUCCUGGAGAGAGACAAUAUUCUGCCCCCUGAGUGGCUAAUGGCAAUGUACAAAAACCAAUGGUUUGCUAUGCUCCGGACAGAAUUUGACAAUGAUAACGGACCUCAGGAGUCUAACAAAGACGAGUUUGAGCAGAACAGCAUGAGGUGUGGCAGAAAGCUGAGUAAAGAUGGAGAUUACUGCUGGAGGUGGACGGGCUUCAAUUUUGGGUUUGACCUGUUGGUCACUUACACAAACCGCUUCAUAGUCUUCAAAAGGAAUACACUCAGUCAGCCAUGUGGGGGCGCUGUGAGUCUACAACCAAGGCGACAUCUGGCUUACAGGUUACGCCUCGCCUCCUUUGAUAGUCGAGGGAAGCUGGUCUGUAGUCGUUCUACGGGUUACCAGCUUCUCACCCUGGAGAAAGACCAGGAGUACGUGGUGAUGAACCUGGACAGUCGGUUGUUGUCAUUCCCCCUGUACGUGUGCUGUAACUUCCUGUAUACAUCGCCUCAUUCAGACCACCGUCCAGAUUCCUCGGAGCCAGAAAGCGCCGCUCACGCUGCGUCUUGAUAUCUGUUCCAACAGCCAUUAGCUGCUACCAUUCCUGUGGUGACGUGGAAACACUGACCCAAAAAUCCACCAGAACAUUUAACACUUCUUCAACACUCUGACUGCAUGCUUGUAACUUUGAAAAGAUUGGGGACAUUUUUUUCAUCCACAUGGGCAGUAUUUUGGCACAUUUUGACUUUUACACAGAUGGCAAAACCUUUCAGAAGAGAUCACACCACCUUUGUGUUCUCAAUGAGGUCCAUCAUCUUCCUUUUCCCAUGAUCUGUCUGCAUUGUGGGCUGGAUCACUUGUUAAAAUGAAAUGGAGUGGAAAUCUGCUUUUCAAGAUGAGAUUUAGGAUCUUCACAGCUUCAAGAUGGGAUGAUCUAGAGGUGAAGAUGUUUGAGUUUUUUUUUUAGUUAUUAACUUUUUUAUUUAAAUGUUUGGAUUAGAGUAUUAUCAUAUAAGGAAAAAAUAUUGGAGACUAUGUGAGAGUGCAACAGAGGUUUAAGCAGAAUCAUCAUGUCAGACAUAUCACUCUUGAAACAGAAAAAAAAUCCUUUUAGCUUUUUUAUUUCCACAAGUUUCCUGCUGUGUUGCAUUGCUGCACUCUCACUGAUGUUCAGGUUCAUUGGUGAGUUUGACUAUUUGAGUUACUCAAGUUAAAUCUUUAUUCUCCACAGGGUAGCUGAGCAGCGACCUAAAUCUGUACAGUUACCUCUUAUGUUCGCUUUCAUUCUCUUUAUUUGCUCCGUAUCUGUUUGGAUAUGUUGUAAACCUGCCGUUACCUCCAAAAGUUUGGAAAAACUGGGGCAUUCUCAGUUGUAAAUCAGAUUUAUUUCGAACGCUUCUGUAUCUCCAGUGAACUUAUCUAUACAACCGUCAUUAUGUACAAAGUUAAACUUGUUAUUUUUUUAUUUUUAAUGGAUGUUUUAUGUUUGCAAAAGAAAUUUAUGUAUCUGUACUGCCAAUAAAACGGCCCUUUCAUAGGGGCCGUGGUGCUAUCACACAA